UUUAUUUACGUGCUCUAAUAAUUCGCAUGUUCGUAUGGAAAUAAAUUACUUUUUCAAAAUAAGUAACACUGGGGGCGGGCGACGUCUUUUUUCUCACCCUGUAUUGAAAUGGCAAUUCACCGCGUAUGUCAAUAAGAUAUAACCUUACUUUCACUGUCAUUGUGUUUGUAAACAAUCAAGUUAAAAGCCUAAAAAAUUUGAUUAUUUUUAAUAAGGUCACUUUGCCCGUAAAUAUGUUGUCCGUAGAUUGAUAACAUUUUGAAAAAUGGCAACAUUCAACGUUAUACAAGAAGGUCCAGUAAACGCAUUGGCCCUAAAUCGAGAUAAUACGCAGGUUGCAAUAGGAGGCAGAAAUGUUUUUAAAGUAUACUCCAUCGAAGAAGAUCAGUUUAAGGAGAUUUACAAUUUACGGUCUUCUAAGCAUCUGAACUUGAGCUUUUCGUGCAACGAUAUUUCCUGGAGCUCCACUGAUGAUAAUUACUUAGCAACGGCAGCUACAAACGGUCAUGUUUGUGUGUGGAAUUUAACAAAAAUGGGAAAGGCAAUGCAAGAGCAAGACUACCAAGAGCAUACGCGAACCGUUAACAAGGUCAAUUUUCAUUCAUCUGAACCAAAUCGGUUGAUAUCGGGCUCUCAAGAUGGUACAAUGAAGUACUUCGAUAUUCGUUGCAAGACGUCGGUCGCCACAUUUGUAAGCAAUACCGAAAGCGUAAGGGAUGUUCAGUUUAGUCCUCAUACGCCGCAUACGUUUGCUGCCGUUUCAGAAAACGGUAGUAUACAGUUGUGGGAUAUUCGUAGACCGGAGAAAUGCCAACAUCAAUUUACUGCACACAGCGGGCCUGUUUUUGCAUGUGAUUGGCAUCCAGAGAUGACAUGGUUGGCAACUGCAAGUCGGGAUAAAACAAUUAAGGUAUGGGAUUUGGGCAGCAAACCAAGCCUAGAAUCCACAAUCCACACAAUAGCGUCAAUAGGGCAUGUAAAAUGGCGACCACAAAGAAAGUUUCAUAUAGCUAGUUGCGCUUUAGUUGUCGAUUGUAGCAUUAACGUGUGGGAUAUUCGAAGACCAUUUAUACCGUUUGCGUCUUUUAAUGAGCAUAAAGAUGUAGCAACGGGCGUUGUUUGGCGAGGGGAUCCAAAAGUAUUUUUGAGCAGUAGUCGAGAUUGUACAGUAUUUCAACACGCGUUUAAAGACGCAAGCAGGCCGGCAAGUAAAGCCAACCCGCAAGGAAUGUGUUUAAAUAAUAGUUCCGAAAUUUUGUACGCGUGUCGAGUCAGUGCUAACGCGAAUCUUAUUUAUAAAAUGACAGGAUUCAUAAGAAAGUCAUCAUCAACCAACUUGACCACUAGUGACCAGUUUCACCAGGCGUCUAGUACUGUGCAUCAAUUUAAAACUCAUCUUACUCAGGAAACGAAAUGCUUCUAUUCGUUAGCUUCGAAUUAUAUGAUGAGUGGCAAAAGUGUGUCGGAAAUGUGUGAGCAUAACGCAACAGUUGCGCAAGAACACGGUAAAAAUUAUGUAUCAACAGUGUGGCGCAUUUUGAAAACAAUUUACGGCGACGAAUACAAUCGCAACUCCAGCUUAUAUCUAUCAAAAAAUAACGACGAUUCAAUAUCACACAAUAAUAUAGUGUUAGAUCCUAGUACUGAUACGGAUAAACAAUCAAAAGGGGGCGACACUCCUGGUGCACAAUUUAGUGGCGGAGACGACACUGAAGCCGAAGAUCAAGUCGAUCAUUCAGCGCCAUACGGUAGCGCUUUUACUUCGUACUCAAACUUUAGGCUAGGAUUACCCAGAGGUGAUUUCUUUUUCGGCGAUAAUGAGUUAGAUGUGGAACUUGAUGGACUCAAUUCUAUUCCAGAUAUACGAAAUGGCAUUCGCAGUACUCCUCAAAUUAUAGACCAACAAGACUGGACCUUGCCCAAUGAGGCAUUUAAUAUCAGACAUGAAAUUCAAAAUCAUUCUCCUCCACCGGAACAGUUCCCAAAUCAAAAUUCACCAGACACCAAUGACGAAACACCACUACACGCCGAAGACGGAAGUGCAGCAUUUUUAACCAUUCCCAAAGCUCCAAUGCGUUUUGAAUGGAACCCUAGUAAUAUUUUAAUAUCUGCUCUUAAAUACCAUGCAACAUUAGGCGAUGUGCAGACAGCAGCUGUUAUAUUAAUAGUUAUGGGUGAUCAUAGAAGGCUUUUAAAGGAUCUCGACGAAAGCACCCAAGAACACUGGUUAUUGGGGUACAUAGAAUUGUUGGGUAGAUAUCGGUUAUGGAAUAUUGCUGCACAGGUUAUCAAAUUGUCAUGGCUACCAAGUGUCACUCAGCUAAACCAACAGUCCACAAGAAUCAAUACUAACUGCGGAAAUUGCAGCAAACCGCUGCAAAGGGCUGGAUGGGUUUGCGAUCGUUGUCACACUUCUGAAUAUGCCUUGUGUAGCAUCUGUCAUCAGGUUGUAAAGGGCCUAUAUGCUUGGUGUCAAGGUUGCUCCCAUGGCGGCCAUCUGGCUCAUAUACAACAGUGGAUGAGUAAACAUAAAGCUUGCCCUACAGGAUGUGGGCAUUUGUGUGAAUAUAGUUAAGGAUGAAUAAUUAUUUAUUUUUUCCAAUAAAGUGUUCCUAUUGUGUA